AUGCCCGCGACUUUCAUGACAGUGGGCUUCAAUGCCACUUCAGCAUUACUGACUUGGAGGCUGUCUCAGUCAAAUCUGUACAACGUGUACACAUAUUGGCCUACCAAUGAAGUGACAUUCACUACCGAUAUAUUUGGCAAGGGCCCCUCGACCUUUGUGCCUAAUCAGCUGGACAUUCAAAACCUCCCUCCAGGAACACCUCGUAUGAACAUUGUAUUGCUGGUCAUCAAUUCGAUCAAGGACGUGUCUAGAAUGUGCAAAAAGAUUCAACCCGUCAUCGACAAACGCACUUUAAUUCUCGUCGAUGUCUCGGGUGGAACUGGUCCGUUGCAGCAAAGACUUGUCCGACCCCAGCUAAGCAAAAACCAAGUGGUUGGUAUUAUUUGCGAUUUCAAAGCAGUAAUUGUUUGCCAACAACAGCCGAAAUUCGAGGUCCACCAAUAUGGCGACUCCUCCUCCACUGGCCCCAAACCGGGCUGUUAUAUCGAACCCGUGGCGCCCAAGAUCACUGCCACAUUGGCAACCGCACUGCAGUCGUGUGGUAUCCCUGUUCAACAUCCUAAAAACGUUGCUUCAUUUGGUGCUCUGCAGUGGGAGAGAUGUAUCACGGUUGUCGUGUUUGAGCUCUUGGGAGUUGCCCUGGGAAAACCCACAGUCGAAGACCUUGUUGGUGAUGUCGUUGCAAAGCCAAUUAUCGAUGGUCUGAUUGGUGAAUUGACAUCAAUUGCCCAAGCUGCUGGCGUCAAGGGCCUGCCCUCAAAGUCUCAGUUUGUGAAAUCAAGCUCGACUCUCGUCCGCAGGGCUCCGGCAAAUUUCCGCAUCAAGAACGCAACAUGGCUUUUCUCAGAGUACUACAAUAAACACCCACUCCCCCUCGACUUUUUGUUGCUGCUUCCUAUCGUGCUAACUGACGAGCUGUCCAAGAGCGGACCAACUCCAUACCUUGAGUCGCUGUAUGCUUUCACCAGCCAUUUGGUGUCUGUGAACGACCAGCCAUCAAUAUUGCUUACUCGGAAUCUUGGCCAAGCGCAAACCUCGGGCGUUUCAGAAGAAACCACUAAACGUGCCAAGGAUCUAGAAGCUGCAGAAGCUACGCUAGCUCGUUUGCGAAGAGAAGUCAAAGACCAAGAGCUAAGCAUUUUACAACGCGAGAAGGAGUCUGAGCUGCGUGAAGAAAGCAUGAACGCGCGUUUGGCAAAGCUCGAGGAGCAAGAAGCCAGUAUUCAGCAGCACGAAGCCAAUAUUCAGCAGCAUAUACAAACCCAAGUCAACGCCGAGGUUGCCAAAGUAAAGCAAGAAAUGGAACAAACCAUCCAGCAGCAGGUUCAAUUGCGAUCGAGUGCUGCCAUUGCCAAAGCCAAGGAAGAAAUGACUGUCGAAAGUCGAGCCAGUAGUAGAACUAGCUCGUCGGGCAGUGGCCCAGACUCCGAUCGGGAGCAGCUCCUCGAACAACGCGAGCGUAUGCUCGAGCGCAGAGAGCGAGCGAUCAUUCAGCGGGAACGCCAACAGCAGGCGUCUCGCCCUUCUCCAAACGGCAUGCCAUCGCCGAAUCCCAACGCAAUGGCUCCCAAUAACGGACGCCGUCUCACCGGCCCUGUGCCUAACGGUAAUAUGCCUAAUGGCGGUAUGCCCAAUAGUGUGCCGCCGCCUAUGCCUAUGUCAACACCAAGAAGUAAUUCUCAACCUUGGAUUGGGCCCAACGGUAUGACCUCUCCUCCCAAUGGGGUACCUCGAGGAAGACACCACAGCAUAGACCAGCAAGCGCCCCGAGCACCCAUGUCGCCGCCUCUACCCCGAAGCUCCACCAAUCUCGCUGGCAUGCUCAAUGACUUUAGCUUUGACGGUGCGAAUCGCAGCAGCAGACGUUCUAUGUCAAGGGCCCAAUCUGUCUCUUCUGUUAAUAUUUAUGAACCUCCUUCUCAGGGCUCCGGGUCGCGCUCUAGACCGUCUCUCCCGAACAGUGCACUAUUCUCUCAGCAGCUCCAACUAGAUGGUAUCAUGUCUCUCGCAAACGACCGAUAUGGUAUGGUUAGUCGAAGCACGCGAGGAAACAAUGCUGCACUAAGCGCAGACCACCAACCGCCGCGUCCAUUCUCUCACGGCGGCCAUCAGCCUGUAAAAUCGAGAUCGAAUUACUCGCCCAACGGGAACGAUGGCUACAACGAUUCUGGCAGCGGAAGCGGGAGCGGUGGUUCGAGCGGAAGCGUCAAUAGUGUGAAACCGCGGCGGUCGCCAGGCCAGUCCCCGCCCCGGGACCCUUCCUACGAUGCAUAUAGAGUCUACCACUCUGCCGAGCAGCAGUGGAAUGCGGGCUCGGGUAACUCACAGUCUACCCUACCCAGAUCGCGAACGGGGACUCCGCCGACACCGCAGAUGGGCGACGGACCUCAGCCUCCGGCUGGGGGGAUCCCAAAAUUAGCUCCCAUUGAGAGCUAUCCACUGGAAUUCGCACUAUAG